GGACCCGAGAGAGCGAGAGCGAGCGAGAGACAUCACACGCCGCAAAUUUCCGUCUCAUAUUUUGGCCUUAUUUCGCUCCCCCUUUCUUAAUUAUCCCCUGAUUUGAGAUAAUCAACCAGUCCCUUGCUUAUUCCACGCCGCCUGGAGUGAUGACGACGUACACGGAAGAUUAUAUAAAGGAAAAACUGACCAAGGAACUGGAGGCCCAACAUGUGGAGUGGGAGUGUUGAUGAGCCUGUCAAUUUUCACAUCUAACUACGCAGCGCUGGACUAUCUGCCAACCGUUGAGGAAGGACUGUGACUGAUUGACAACUGCUGAACAAGAUUUACCUUUAGUCGCAUUUCUCGUCUGUGGCCUCGGAAGGUGCAUCAGUAAAAUGGCCAAUGUUAUUUUCAUUACCUUUCUCGGGAUACUUCUGAGAUGGUGUGUGUCGCUGCAUCCUUACUCCGGAGCAGGAAAAGCCCCAAUGUUUGGAGAUUAUGAAGCCCAGCGCCACUGGCAGGAAGUGACAGUGAAUUUGCCCUUGAAGGAUUGGUAUAUGAAUACCACUGAUAACGAUUUACUCUACUGGGGCCUGGAUUACCCUCCUCUUACUGCUUACCAUAGCUAUCUGUGUGGCGUUGUCGCUAAGACUUUGAAUCCCGAGUUUGUUGAACUUCAUACAUCCCGUGGAUAUGAAAGUUACGAACACAAGUUGUUCAUGAGAUACACAGUGUUUGUUGUAGAUCUCCUAAUAUACAUACCAGCUGCUUACCUCUUUCUCUGUGCUGCAUCUCGGUCAAGGAGCAGAAGUGGAAAGUUAGAGUAUAUGGCUCUGAUACUGUAUCCUGGUUUGUACUUGAUAGAUUAUGGUCAUUUUCAGUAUAACAAUGCUUCAUUAGGAAUAUUUGUGGGUGCUGUUGCAGCUCUCAUGAAAGGAUAUGACUGCAUUGGGUCAGUUUUGUUUUCUUUAGCUCUGAACUACAAGCAAAUGGAGUUGUAUCACGCACUGCCAAUUUUUUUCUACCUGUUGGGUCUGUGUUUCAAACAAGGUGGCAUUUUAGGAUUUUUCUAUAAGAUCACCAAGAUUGGCUUGUCUGUGAUAUUAACCUUUGCUCUAGUUUGGGCUCCCUUUCUCAGGGAUACUCAAGUAUUUUUGCAAGUACUUAACCGACUUUUCCCAAUUAACAGAGGUCUCUUUGAGGACAAGGUAGCCAGUGUUUGGUGCAGUUUAUCCAUUCUUAUUAAACUAAAAAAUCUUGUGAGCAAUACCAACAUGGCUUUGAUAUGUUUACUGUCCACAGUCGUGUGUAUGAUACCAUCAAGCUUGCACCUCUUCAUUAAUCCCACUCAAAAGAAUCUUCAUUAUGGACUUGUUAAUGCAUCUUUUGUGUUUUUCCUCUUAAGCUAUCAUGUUCAUGAAAAGAGUAUCUUGUUGGCAGCAGUGCCAGCUUGCUUCUUAUAUGGAGAGGAGACCUUUAUGGUUACCUGGUUCUUCAUUGUAUCCAUUAUCAGCAUGUUACCCCUUCUGGUGAAGGAUGGGCUGACAGUUCCAACACUUGCAUUAACCGUCCUUGUUUAUGUUAUGUACUCAAUCAACAGACAGUCGGAGGGACAAACGAAAUCCAAAUAUAGUGAGUUUUGGCGCUGGAUCAACAGGUCCUUUUACUUGUCACUGGUUGGAUUCUCGUUUUUGACGGUAGUGUCCUUGACAGUGACACCACCUCCAAGGUUGCCUGAUCUCUUCCCAGUUUUGCUUUCUGUUGUAUCUUGUGUGCAUUACUGCUUCUUCACUUGCUAUUUUCAUUACCGCCAAUUCACAACAAGGUAUGACAGACAGCAAGGAAAGGUGAAAAGGCAUUAGGUCUGAAAUGCAACAGUAUAAUGUUUUCCAUAAUGCAGGACCAAUUAAUAUAAUAAACAAGGGGAAGCAAAAUGUCAUGUUGAAGUGCAACACAGGCAACUUUCCAUGACCAAUUUAUUAUAUAAUUUAUAUUUUAUAAUUUUUGAAUUCUGAUGUAGCUCAGAGUUAGGUAUGGUAGUUGCAAUGGUCAGAGGUUGCAUUGUUUUGAUUAGUUCAUGUACACAUAGUUAUAUACAGAUAUAUACAUGUUAAUCAUCAAUUUCAUUAUAAAAGUACAAGACUGAAAUGAUGUGAUAAUACAUAUUACUGUUAGACUCUUAUAUAGUAAUAGAUUCCUUGUCUAUUGAUAUUGAUCCCAACUUACAAAAUCAUUUACUUGUGUUUUCCUUGUUGGUUGUAGUAAUAUUUUGUAUCUGAAUAGUGCGUUUGGUUAUACUGAUAUGUAUAUUUUGCUUUUUUUCUCAUAGUCUAAUCCUUUUUUUCAGUAUUUCACAUAAUAUUUAUUGUUUGAAUUUUGAUGUGCUAGCAUAGAGUUUGUUUGGUUAAGUGAAAUACAUCUUGUUUGAAGAAUGAAAUAAUUUUCAUGUAUUUUUGGAAUAAAAAUGUAUACUUUUAUCUAUCGAGCUAUUUAUUUUUAUUUGCCUUUAUUGUGUAAUAUUUAGCAGUCCAUGAGAUAUUACCUACUUCUGUUUUUUUGUUACCUGUUAUCAGUAUUCUUUCUUUUGUCCCCAUCUGAGUGUGCUUGUGAGUGUGUUACGAACACAUACCCAGAAGAAACGUACAACUUCUAGUGCACAGACAGUUCAAGAUCAUUCCUUUACUGCCUUUGAUUUUAAGUCAUUUUUGUAAUAAACUUGUUACAAUUUUCCAGGAAGUUAAAUGCCAUUUAUGUAAUUGGCAAGAAGGUCUAUGCAUUGAAUUCCUUGCUAGGCUAACUAGAGGGACCCAUUUUUAUACAAUUCAUAUUCCCUAUGUCCUUUUUUUCUUUUGUUCUUCCAUUCUUUCUGUCUAUCUUUCCUUUCUUGUUCUUCAUUAUCCUCCUCAGCUUCCCCUUCCUCAUCCUCAUCUGCUUCCUCUUCCUUUUUUCACAUGUUUAAGAGAAAAUAAUAAUAUUCCACAUGAUUCUCCUCCGUCUCAUGGGGAGUUAUUCAAGUUACUCCGCACUCCUUGUAAGGAAACAUUGUUAUUGUGACAAUAUAGUUGAAGUCUAGUUUCAGUGACUGGAAACAUUUUCUUUCAUUAAAGUGUUUCGUUUUUCA